AUGAGACGAUUUUUAAUAAAUAACAAUAGUUCAUUUAUUAAAAGAGAUUGCAACUCAUUUUCAAAAAUAAAAAAUUUUAACCCAAAUAAUGAUAAAAUAAUACCACUUUUUUCAACAACAUUAAAUAAUAAUGAAAAUAAAAAUAAAAUUAAUAUAAUUGGUCUACCGAAAUUGGAUUUAAUAGAAAAAUUUGAAAAACUAAAUUUCCCUAAAUAUUCAGUAGACCAAGUUUGGAAAUUAAUGUAUAAUAAAGGAAUAGAUCAAAUUAAGGAUUUUAAUUUAAUUUCAAAAGAGAGGAAAUCAAUAAUGGAGGAAAAUUUCAAGCUUGACACUGGAACAAUAACAAAGCAUCAGUUGUCGGUGGAUGGUACAAGAAAGUUUUUAAUAUCAUUCGAUGGCGAUGAAGUAGAGUCAGUGUUUAUACCAGAGUCAUCAAGAGGCACAUUAUGUGUAUCAAGUCAGGUUGGAUGUACAUUUGCAUGCACAUUUUGUUUUACAGGUACACAAAAAUUUAAGAGAAAUUUAACAGCCAAUGAAAUUGUUGCACAGGUUGUAGCUGCAAGAAAACUAUUGAACGAUUUUAAUGCAAGUGAAGAAAGACUGUUAACCAAUAUAGUGUUCAUGGGUCAAGGUGAACCAUUUUACAACUAUAGAAAUGUAAAAAAAGCAAUUUCAAUUAUUACAGAUUCGAAUGGUUUAGCCAUUGGUAAAUCUAAAAUCACAGUUUCAACAAGUGGUGUUGUACCAAUUAUCGAACGUUUAGGUACAGAUUUCCCAGGAAUAGGUUUAGCAAUAUCACUACACUCACCAAAUGAUGAAGUUAGAAGUAAGAUUGUGACUGCUAAUAGACAAUGGCCCAUUGAAGAAUUGGUUCAAUCAUGUAUCAAAUUUUCAAAAACUACAAAAUCACGUAUUACUUUGGAAUAUGUCCCGUUACAAGAUGUACAUGACACUGAACAAGAUGCACUAGAUCUAAUUCCCCUAUGUAAAAGAUUCCCAUCACUAGUCAAUAUAAUACCUUUUAAUCCAUGGCCAGGUUCACCCCACGAAUCUUCAACCAACAAUCAAAUUCAAAUAUUUGCAAAUAUUUUAGAAUCCAAUAAUGUAAAAACAACUAUUAGACAAUCAAGAGGAAGAGAUAUCAUGGCCGCAUGUGGUCAAUUAAAAUCAUAA